UGCUGAAGCUAUGAACACGGAGCCUCUGAAGAACUGUUGACGGUACAUGGAUACCCCGUCAUCGGCGUUAUGCCUGCGGAUUCGGUCUCGUCUCCAUCCAGAGAUUGAGUGAGUAGGAUAUUUGAUGGUGUCACGACGCACAGGCCCGGGCUCUUUCACCCCCCUGUCUCUCCACAUGAUGUUUCCUCGUCUUCUCACAUCAUCAUUUUCAUGGGCAUGAUGCUGUGUGCUUCACAGAUUGAGCUUUCUCACCUCACACAGCGACACAUCACAUCUGCAGCAGGUACGACCGUGUGGAGGUUUGGAUAUAAGCACGAGACGCACAACCUCAAGACAUGGAAUAAAGGGAGAUCGGAGACGAGUGAAACAACCUGAGUCACAUCCAUAAAUAAGAGACAAUUAAAAAAAAACACACAAGGCUGGAAGAGAGCUGUGGAGUGAGGAAGAGAGAAGUAGAGGAGGUUGUGAAGAUGGGGUGUGGUCAGAUGACGUUUCUCCUGGACUCUACAGUUCACUCCGUCAGCCGCUGGUCAAAGCUGGAGUCUCCUCGCUAAAGCCCCGAGCGGCUCAUUUCACCUGCUGGAGGAGCCCCCACCCUCGGUGAUGUGAUGAAUAAGUUUGAAGUCCUUGGCAUUGUGGGAGAAGGAGCAUAUGGAGUGGUGCUUAAGUGCAGGCAUAAGGAGACCAAUGAGCUGGUGGCCAUUAAGAAGUUCAAAGACAGUGAAGAAAAUGAGGAGGUCAAGGAGACGACUCUUCGGGAGCUGAAGAUGCUUCGGACACUGAAGCAAGACAACAUCGUCGAGCUGAAGGAGGCUUUUCGGAGGAGGGGGAAACUCUACCUUGUCUUUGAAUAUGUCGAGAGGAACAUGCUCGAGCUAUUAGAGGAACUGCCCAACGGUGCACCGCCUGAUAAAGUCCGCAGCUACAUCUACCAGCUCAUCAAAGCCAUCAACUGGUGUCACACGAAUGAGAUAGUACACAGAGAUAUCAAGCCGGAGAACCUCCUCAUCAGCUCAGAGGAUGUUCUCAAACUCUGUGACUUUGGUUUUGCUCGUAACCUGUCUGAAGGAACAGAUGCCAACUACACAGAGUAUGUGGCGACAAGGUGGUACCGCUCGCCUGAGCUGCUGCUGGGGGCUCCCUAUGGGAAGGCAGUGGACAUGUGGUCGGUGGGGUGUAUCCUCGGGGAGCUGAGUGACGGACAGCCCUUGUUUCCAGGGGAAAGUGAAAUAGAUCAGCUCUUCACCAUUCAGAAGGUGCUGGGGCCACUUCCUGCAGAGCAGAUGAAACUCUUCUACAACAACCCUCGCUUUCAUGGAAUCAGGUUUCCCUCAGUUACUCAUCCUCAGACUUUGGAGAGAAGGUACCAAGGCAUCUUGAGUGGUUUGAUGUUGGAUCUGAUGAAGAACCUGUUGCUGCUAAACCCAACUGAGCGCUACCUGACGGAGCAGAGUUUGAAUCAUCCGGCCUUCCAGCCUUUGAGGCAGGCAGAGAGAGAGCGGCCAUCUCCUGCGUCUCCCAACCCGCCGCGCUCCUCCAAGAGGAAAACACACCAUCAUGGAGAGAACACAGUUCCCACAAGGAGUCACACUAAGAGCACGAGCCGUCGCUCCAACAGUAAAGAAUGUUCCAGCCUCCCUCGCCAUGGUGACCUCCAUCACCUCAGCAACAAGAGUUUCCUCAAUGGUAACAAACCGGCCCCGUCCAGUUUAAGUCCAACGCUCCACCCCAAGGGUCAGUACAUGUCCCAGACCCUAAAUCGUUCUGCCUCGUCCAACAAAGACCUGGCUAACAACAACUUGCCGCACCUCCUCAGUCCCAAAGAAGCCAAAGGCAAGACAGAGUUUGAUUUCAGCUUGGGACCUUCUCCAAAGCUGUCUGACCAGGGACACGGGGCGAAGUACGGCCACAGCAAACCCAGCUCCUCCCGCUCUCAGCAGCAGCAGCAGCAGCAGCAGCAGCAGCAGCAGCAACAACAGGCCGGCCGCCACACCUUCCUGGAAGGCAAGACCAACACACUGCAGUCUGGAGCAGAGAAACAACACAGCCGACACACCCACAGCAUGGCGGACUCUGCUCACGGAUCCAUGUCCUCCUCCUCUAAGAGUUCAGCCUCUUAUCUCAGCCUGUCCAAGAGCCACAGCGCGCUGAGUGAUGCCAAAUCUGUUGGGAACCUCAGCGAUGGUCGACUCCACCCAGAUGACCCGAAUGCAAACACGACAGCAGGGGUCGGACCUGGGGCCCGAUUCUUCCCUACCAGCUGUUUAGACCUCAACGCCCCUUCAGUUCCCCAGGGGCCCCCUGGCAGCCCCUCUACUCGACACAGCGAUCGAUCUGGGCACAGCCCUGCUUCUCGUAGCAGCGGCAAUGUCCGCAUGGAGAGCAGCACCCUGGACUCCUCAUCCAGACACAAAUCCAGACAUAAAGCUCUGGCACCAGAGGAGGCCGGUGCUCCAGAGCUCUUAGACCCGGGAGGAGCAGGGAUGCCCUCCACUCACACUCUGCCUUCCCCUCAUGAGUCGUAUCAUUACGGCCUGGGCUACACCUCUCCCUUCUCCUCUCAACAACGGCCUCAACGCCACUCCAUGUACGUGAGGAGGGAGCGCCACCGACCACACGGGAUCGAGGGAGGGAUGGCGGGCUUGCCUCCGCCGGGGCAGGCGAUACCGACGCGUGCCAGUAGCCUGCAGCUCCUCUCCCCCCAGCUGCAGCACCGGACCACCCUCACUGGACACUCAGUGAGCUCUUCGAGAGAGGACUGCACUGAUGACAUGACGAGGAGUGAACAGUCCCCUAAAGACAUGAGCCACCCUUGUGCCCCCAUCAAAGACUCUACGAGGGACAACACUGCUGCUUUUCAUACACAGCGCUCUAAAAACGAGGUCGGCAUGUAUCACGACCCUCAUGCUGAGGAUGGAAGUUCCUCCAAGGAGAACCGGAUGAUCUUCACUGAGUCCAUGCCUCGGAGAGUCGGCAGCUUCUACCGAGUCCCCUCCCCCAGACCAGACAACUCCACCUCUUUCCAUGACGGUGUCGGCCAGGGUCGAGGGCCAGUCGGACCCGUUGUACCCGGAGACCCUGUUGCCAUGGUCAACCACUCCAAACGCCAGACGGCUUUUGACUGGACCGCCACAGAAGCGAUGGUCAUGAAUCCUCCAGAGCCCGCCAAAGAGAAGGAGAAACAGGGCUUCUUCAGAGCCAUUAAAAAGAAAAAGAAGAAGACACAAAUAACGGACAUGGAGGAUGGGAGGAACCCCAGCAUCAAGAAAAGCCUUUUCCCCCUCUUUAGCUCUAAGAAUAGCUUAAAGCACAACUCAGCAGUCAAAGUCCUACCUGUAGUCGCCUCACCCAUGGUACAACACCAGCCUACCGCGCCCUACCCUGCCUCACCAGUUCCUGGUAACGGACAAGAGCACCUGUCCCUGCAGAGGAGCUCCAAGUCGUCCUCUCACCACGGCAGCAGACGGAAAAAUCGCGAGCGAUCCCGAGACCGGGACCGGGAGCAGAGCCGGGACCGAGACCGAGACAGGGAGAGAGAGAGGGAACGGGAGAGAGAAAGAGAGAGAGAAAGGGAGAGAGAGAGGGAAAGAGGGAGGGAGAGAGACAGAGUGAACGACUGGCCACCAGACAAACCAGUGGACUCACACUCACAGAGUCAGCCACUCAAGUCACUCCGCAGGCUCCUCCACCUCUCCCCUUCUUCCUCAAACCAAGGACAACCUCCUCCUCCUCCCCCAGACCUUCGCUUCCAAGCCCCCCUCCCCAACCCUCCUCAGCCCUCCUCCAAAGCGGGCUACCCCGAGGGUCGAGGGCACGCUGAGAGCAGGGGGCACUCCGGGGUGAGCAGCUCCGCCCAGGCUAAGAGCCGCAAGGCCAGCUACCCCCUCCCCGGACAGAUCGAGUCCAGCUGGCACGUCUCUGCUUUACAGCGGGCGGAGGGCGCUCAGUUCACCCCCGAACAACUGGGCAUCAAACCGGGGCAGAACGGACCCACCUUUACCCGAGCCUCCCGCACCAGAAUGCCAAACCUCAAUGACCUGAAGGAGACCGCGCUGUAACCCCUUACCUGAACCAAACCACCUCCAGUAUGUCUUCAUCCUGGAAGCAUCUGCCAGACGCAGACAUCAUGGUACUGUAGUAAAAGUUUACAUGAAAGCCUAUUUCACUGGAUCGAGUCCUCAUACAGAAGCGUAGUUAUAUGUUGAUGCUAAUGUCUCUGAAAUCUACAAAGACUAGACGUCGAAAGGCCACACACAAACACCAGUAACAGUGUUGUUUAGGGAAUCAAAGACAGGAAAGGGCCCACUCCCUCUCGGAAGCCAGUACUGUAUCAGUUGUAUGUUAUUCUCUCUCUAUGUAACAAGGUUAGAACAUCAGAGUAAACCUGAUCCUUCCUGUCAAGGAGACACUGCCCACGUGGCCUCUUUGCUGCCAUCUUCUGCUCACAGGACACUACAGCAAAGCAACACAUCAGACAGCCACCGUCACACCGGUGGCCAAUAAACUCAAAUGUUUUUCAAGCUCUGAUAUUUGAUAAGAACAUUAAAAAAAAAGAUUUAUAUCAACAUUAUUUAUUAAAUAUUUAUUUGUUUUAAAUUCAAGGAUAUAAGCUAUAAAUGACACAGUAUGUAGGUUAUAUGGGAAUAUUAUAAGGUAAUAUAGAAUUAAAUGUGUAAUUGCAAGAGCUUUAGUUUCGACACAAAGAAAUGCAUAGAUAUUUAUGUGUUGAUAAUACAAUAUGUCAAAAGGAAUAUUUAAUAAUGGUGAAUGUCCUUUUUUUUGUUCAAUUUGAUAUGUUAUUAAUAGAUUUUCAUGUUAUAUCAUGUUAUUUUCACCUUUUUUUCUGUUGGUUUCAUCAAAAUGUAAAGAAAUAUUGAUGAAUACUUGUUGCCCAAAGUGGAAAAAAAAAAUCUCAGACAUUACAUCUAGUGCAAACCUGCCCGUCACCCUUAUGACAGUUCUGAAGUUUCGGGCUAUUUGUCAACAGGCUUUGGUAGCAGAACAGCCAGAGUGAGACUGUUAGGCUUCGUGCUUUACAUACAGCUACUGUCAGUUCACUCUCGGUGUCACCAUUUUCAAAUAAGCCCCAUUUUCAGUCUCUCAGUUCAUCAGCGACAACAGCUUUCCAGCUCUGUGCUGCCAUGUUGGUUUUGUCUACAGCCUUAACAGCAAGUAAAGGACAUCAAGACUUUGGUGGCCAUUGGUGGUGAAAAGCUAGCCUCUUGAAAUGAGGUCUUACUGACUCAAAUACAACAUCUAAGUGUGCAAGAUAGUUGAGAGCACUCUGCAAAAAGGCAUACCUCACCUACAACCUUUAAGAUCUGAAAGGUUAAGUCUGGUGUAUUUUAUAUUUAUUUAACAACAAAUCUCAUGAAAAGACCAACAGUGAAUUGAACCUACUAACAAGUGCUGUCUCCAUAUCCAAAACCUGAUAUAGCUUAUUCCUCUGUGCCAUUAGUUUGUCCACAAACUAUUAAAAACAUUAGUGAGACACACUGUUGCACUGGGUGACAUGUUCCCUCAUUAACAUGAACAUGGGCACUGUGAUCCCUCAUACACCGCCCUGCUGCUGUACACUCUCCUAACAAGAAAAUAGGUUGAUUUCCACUGACUUCUAAAACAAGAUAUAUGACCACAUCCAUAACGAUAUAUAUUACCGUUCUAACACCGCUGUUACGCUAUCAAACUUUGUGGUUAGCAUUAGGUGACAAAAUUAGGUGGUUAGGAAAAAAAAAUUGUUUAGCUUUAAAAAAAGGUAAUUUUGUCACUAACGCAAUGUCACGUGUCACAUCUCAUACGUCUAUAGCGUAGUAUGCUACACAUACUAGCUAGCUGUUAAUAAAGUAAGGCAAAGUUGACUUCAGGGCACAAACACUGGUCUCCUGGGUGAAAGUCCUGUGCUUGUUUGACCAUCCCAUCCCACAGGGACAUCUUCCAUCAUUAUACAACAUUGCUGCCUACAUAUGGAACUCAAGAGCUCAUGGUUACGACAUGGAAAGUUGUGUGCAAGAUAUGCUUCGCGUUCAAGCGAUUAAGUUUUGAGAAUGCCAUUGCUAGGCAACGACAACAUGGAUGCUACUGUCUGUAUCUAGAAGCCACCCAAGGUAACACUAACACUAAUCUAAUGUAGGGAAUGCAGAAACAUAAUGACAGAGUGGAAAAAUAAGACUGUAAGGAACAUCAACAUUUCCUUCAGAUAUAUUAUAAAAUCAAUUUUUUUUUUAACUAUAUACAACUAAAAUAAUAUAUUAACUUACCAACCACCUAAAAACUUUUCUGACUUCCACCAUUUCUCAAAAACAUCAGCAAACACAUCACAACUCGUGACCUCAAGGAAGUGAAUACCAAACAAGAGGUAGCAUUCAUAUAAACUCUUCUCAUAACAUGCUUAACACAACCCCAUUUGAAAGCAGAGACUUCUGCCAACUGAACCGGCUACUUGAGGUUUAGCGCUCCAUGAACUUGAAUGGGGAUGAAAUGUUUUAAUCGUGCGGCUCCUCCAAUUUCCAAAUGUUUUUGGACCGAAUGGAUUAAAUCCUGAUAGUGAAACACGUCAUUUUGUGGGAGUUGUGAAGCUCAAAAAUGUAUCUACUGAUUUACAGACGUCUCCUUCUCCAUGUAAGUCGAUGGGAAAAAAGUAUUUUUGGGCCAUAAGGCAUCAAGUGACAGUGUAAUAAUUGUUUGGUCACUAUAAAAAUUGGCUUCAAAGCCUGCCGCACUUCCUGACGGCCAUGAAGACCAACACACUUCAUCCUCCUGUAAAUGCACACUAGAGCACCAAAUAUGUAUCAACCAAUAGUCCCCAACAGAUGCACCGUUUACCCCUAUCAGAGUAAAGUUAGCUCAAAGCUACAGUGCCCGGCUGUUUAAGGAAAUUACUUGGCCUUUUUUAAAUAUAAAAGUUUAUAAAAAAAUGUACAUCUAGUAGGAACUAAUGGUUAGACAGGAUGAACAAGUCAGAAAAUAUUAAAAAAUGGAAACCCCUGUUUUGUUUUUUGGCAUCUAAUAAGCCUAAACACAUUAAUCUUUUACUCCAGUGGAAUUCCUGCAUUGUGUUCCAGUUACCAAACACAGCACACCUCCACCAAUGCAGCCCUUUUCGCUUCUUUGGGCCCGCUAAAAGUUAUUUUCUUCAUGGGAUUUGUUGAUGAUAAGAAAAAUAUAAAAUAACACCAGACCUUUCCUUUCAUGUGUGUUUACAUUUUUCUGUGUGCAUUUUAAAAGCUUGCAUUAUCAAAGUUUUUGUAAAUGCCUUUUGUAAAUCUGAAUUUGGUUUUCCUACUGUAUUCGCAUUACAGCUUUUAAUUUUGAUAUUAAUACUCAUGAUCAGGGAUGAUUUUACUGAACUGGGUUAUUCAUAAAGCAUUUACUUGUUGUCUACUGACCUGUGGAUGAUAAAAACAUAUAUAUAUAUAUAUAUAUAGAACAAAACACUAUUAGUGGCCUAGGCAAAAUAUACAGCGUAGUUUUCCUCCCAGUCUUCCCUUUAUCCUUCGUUCCUUCCUCUUUCUCUGUGGUUUUAAAUGGAUAGUUCGGAUCUUUUGGAAUGCGGUUGUGUGAGGUUCUUAUCCAUAGUCAGUGUAUUACCAACAGUCGAUAUCAGUUCACAUGCUACCAGUUUGGAGAAGCAGGCUGUAGUCCGACAUGGAAGCUAAGCUAUGUACUGCUGUAUUUUAACCACCUUAAAAAAAUCAAUAUCAGUUUAAGUGUACGCUAUAUUUAGAGUGCUUUCACUGCUUAACCUUGCAUUGGACAGUGAUUUCUUACGGAGAACUGAAGCUGUUAUUUCACUUUCUUUAACGCCAGAC